GAGGAACUAGAAAGUUUGUCCGCUUUGGGGCACCGUAGUGGCUUUUACCCCUGGCCGAGCUGGCUCGGUUUGGUCUGGGCUGGGCUGGGCGGCUGGAGCCGGGCUCAGCCCAGGGGACCCUAAUGGCUGCGGUGUUUCUGGUAACGCUCUAUGAAUACUCACCGCUCUUCUACAUCGCGGUGGUCUUUACUUGCUUCAUCGUGACCACCGGCCUGGUACUAGGAUGGUUUGGUUGGGAUGUUCCAGUAAUUCUGAGAAAUUCAGAAGAGACCCAGUUCAACACAAGAGUUUUCAAAAAGCAAAUGAGACAAGUCAAGAAUCCUUUUGGCUUAGAGAUCACUAAUCCAUCUAUAGCUUCAAUUACAACUGGUAUAACCUUAAAAACAGACUGCCUUGAAGAUAGCCGCCUUACAUGCUACUGGGGGUGCAGUGUCCAAAAAUUAUAUGAAGCUCUGCAGAAGCACGUUUAUUGCUUCAGAAUAAGCACUCCCCAAGCAUUAGAAGAUGCUCUGUAUAGUGAAUAUCUCUACCAAGAACAGUAUUUUAUUAAAAAGGACAGCAAAGAAGAAAUAUAUUGCCAGUUACCAAGAGAUAAUAAAAUUGAAGACUUUGGUUCAGUGCCCAGAUCUCGUUAUCCAUUGGUAGCGCUGUUGACCUUAGCUCAUGAGGAUGACCGAGAAAUUUAUGAUAUUAUUUCCAUGGUAUCAGUAAUUCAUAUUCCUGAUAAGACUUAUAAACUUUCCUGCAGAAUAUUGUAUCAAUAUUUACUUCUGGCCCAAGGUCAAUUUCAUGAUCUGAAGCAACUUUUCAUGUCUGCAAAUAAUAAUUCACCUCCUUCCAGCAAUCCCUCUGCUGAAGAAAAAAAUGCAGAUCGAAGUUUGUUGGAAAAGGCUGGACUGUCUGAAAGUGAAGUGGAGCUGUCUGAAGAGAACAGCAAGGACUGUGUGGUUUGCCAGAAUGGAAGUGUGAACUGGGUGCUAUUGCCCUGCAGGCACACGUGCCUGUGUGACGGCUGUGUCAAGUAUUUUCAGCAGUGCCCAAUGUGCAGGCAGUUUGUGCAGGAAUCUUUUGCACUUUGCAGUCAGAAAGAGCAAGAUAAAGACAAACUGAAAACUCUUUGAAGAUGUUGUUACAACUGUAAAAGUACACUUUCUACCUAAGAUGCAGAAAUUUGGGUUCUUAGAAUUAAUCGUAACAUGGAAUCUACAGUAUUGACCAUAAAAGAAAAUUCUAUUUUAACUUCUUAUUUGUACAGUACAUGGAUGAUGAAAAUUAAUUAUUCCUUCCUAUUCAGUAUGGUGAACGUUGGAAUAUGAUCUAUGAUAAUACAUAAAAAUUCAUUUAACUCUUGAGAAGAAUAUAAACAUUUGGCCUUUUUUCUACUAGAAUAUUUCAUUUGUUGAUUAGAAAAAUCAUCCUGGAAAGCAGCCUAUCCAAAAUUUUAGAUGGUAAAAGUCUCAGGAUUGCUAACUGUUUUCCCUUUGACGUAAUCUGGAGUGAUAUUAGGAAAAAUUAGGAGUUAGAAAGGGCUUCUAAUUUUAAAUCCUUCCUUGAAAUAUGCUUUUAUAAAUGUCCAUCUAUUUGGUUUCUAAUUUCUCUUAUCAUCAUAGUUACCAAAUACAAGUCUUAAUUUUUUAAUAUAGGUUCUUAAACCAUAAAUGCAAAAUAUAGUCAUUGAGUGUUCUCAGUGUAUCAUGGAUUAAAAUGAUACUCAUCUAAAGGAGAAAGAUAUAUAAAACCUGGGUAAUAAAGCUUCUGGGAUAAUUAAAUUUAUUAGCUCAUUUGUCAAAUGUGAUUAGAAUAGUAGAAUAUGCUGUACCAGGAAAGCUUUGUGAGACUCUCAAUGCCUUACCUUAGAUUUCCUUCUGCAUGGCAAAUCUAUCCCAAACUGGAGAGGUUUUAGAGCUAGAAAAAUCAGUAAAAGAUCAAAUAACUAUUUUUUUCCCCAGGGUAUUUUUAUUCCAAUAAACCCAGUAUCCCUCUGAAUAAUAAAUUAUUUUGUUUAUCCCUGUUUUAUCCUUAAGAGAGUCAAGGAACUGAUAAGCCAAAAAGCCCCUUCCCCAGUUCUCCUCAAAAUGGCUAAGAAAAACAAGGGAAAUCAGAGAUUCCUAAGUCCUUAGUGAAAAUUACCUUCAAUUCACCAAGGCAAGUAGACCAUGGCAAGUGAACUAUAACAUUCAGGGAAAUUUUCAAGUCUUUUUUGUCCUAUUUAUAUUAAAAAUAAUGCCUUACCUUUUAUAUCAGUGUUUUUAAAUAUCAUUUCAUUCCAAUCAGAUAUUGAUAACACUCUCAAGAAGAUCUUGUUCUCUGUUUUAUAAGCCAAAUCAAACUUUCAUCUGCAUUCAAUAGCUAUGUAAUAAAUACCUUUUAGGGUCUGGGGUACAAAGGAUCAGGCAAGGCUCUUGACCUUAAAAUAUUUGUGCCUAAAAAAGAGUAUUGAUGGAUAGAAACACAUCCAUCCCCACCCUUGGAAAUUCCUAAGGCUCUUUGCAACUCUGCCAGUGGAAGCAGCCAGCCCAAACUGUAGUCUCUAUUGCACUUGGCCCACAAAUUAACAAUGAAUCCUGAAAACUCA